AUGGCGUAUAGAAAGGCGUACGAAGACAUCAUAGACGGUGUGGUAAAGUCGAACGAUCCGUUAGACCCGGAGGAAGCCGCCCGCAGGCUGAAUGAUCUGUUGACACCGGAGCGAGUGCCAUCCAACACGGCAUUCGAGAGAAAGCAUCAAGGUCGAAGCUAUCACCUCUAUCGCGUGGCCACCUCCUUAGUUGAAUUGGCCUGGUCUCAGGAGUGUGAUACAAAUGACGUACGGGCACGGCUGGUCAAUUUUGUGGAGGCUCUGGCUAGGUAUGAACAACUUUGGAACGACCUGGGUUACUUCGGUAUCGCCAUGCGCGAAGAGUUCAAUUCAGUUUUAUCUUUAUCCAAAGAACCGGAUGGCACAUCCCAGGCGCGAAUUAACUUUGCGUCCUUUACCGCCAGGCUCAUUGCACGGGAUCUGUUCCAGGGAUUAAACUUCCCUGUAUGGGAACUGCGAUCGACGCUGGAGGAACCCCUCCCAGAUGCUAAUACAUCCCGGAUAGAUGCAUAUCUCGCCAUCGUGCGCGAGUAUAUCUUCCAUGCGGGUGUGAAAACCUAUAGUCACCUACGCAAUCUGGAACGUCACCUGCCUCACCUUGACGCCAAAGAGAAGGAAAAGAGCGAGCGGAUUUACAUGGCGUGGUCCCUGUACAAAGAGGGCGAAGGUAAAAUCUUCAGCGUGGAGCGUUGGCAUUUCUGGAAGCAGCGCAUUGCUGAGCUUGGAGAGAAAGCUUCGCCUGAGUAUCGGGUGAUCGCCACGGGUCUGGUUGCAAGGAUGAACCAGAUCGAGAUGGAUACCCCUUGGGACGGGGUUGUGGCGGAUCCUGGAGCGGCAUAG